CCAGCCUGGGUGACAGAGCGAGACCCUGUUUCUAAAAGAAAUAAAAAUAAAUAAAUAAAUGAAAUGAAAUGAAACUGAAGCUCAACCCUUAACAAGCAGCAAACCCACUUAUAAUGAUCUUACUAGGGACUUUCCAGCGGGCUUGAACUGUAGCUAACCAAACAUUUCCUUUCUUUUACCUCCUUGUGGGUCUACACAAGCCUCCCCCUUGGGUUCCUAAGUGAGACUCCCAAACCACUUCUGCUUCAAAGCUGCCUGAUUCCUGAAUCACUACUCACUCAAAUAAACUCUAAAAUUCUGUGCCUUGGUUUACCUUUCUAACAGGCGUAUGCAGUUGGCUGCCACUUCACCUGUCUGCAGUGGUUUUCUGCUCCAUGUUGGAUCAAUAUGGUGAGGAGACUUACACUUUAUUCACAUUUGUGUGGCACGGCUGAAGGUGGUGGGUGUGACAGGUCGGAUUCAGGUUUAGAAUAUUGGGCAACUCUCCAUUUUCUCAUCAAGAAAAUCGUGGUAAGACAAAUACUCCCUUUAUACGGUGCUCUCAGGACUCAGUGAUUCAGUUUGUGCCUAGUUUUUAGCACGAGGUCAGUCCCUGGUGCCAUUGUUUUAAUGAAGUUCUGGAGGGGCCGACGGCACCGGUCAGAAAGCAAGGUUCUGGGGAGGGUUCGCGAACAGAAAACGCCCACAGUUCAAGCCCAGACUGAGGCGAUCUGAGAAGCGACUGCGGCCAUACGUCCCCGUCCAUGUCAGAAAACGCCUUCUAGGGUUUAGGGCUCCCACGGAAUCGGUCAGAGGCUGCAAAAAAUGUCUCAUCGCCCCCCCCCCACCCCACCCCACGGUGUAAGCGCAGCCCCAGGCGGGACCUGGAGCGGUUCGUUUUUAUUAAAACGUGUCUCAAUUCAAAUGGAGCGAAGCACAGAACGCGCAGCUCUCGCCGUGCGCGGCGGCCCCGCGGGUUUCCGUGUGUCUGCGCGGUGUGGCCGUCCUGGGGCGCGGGGCUGCGGCACCUUCUCCGGGACCCCUGCGGGGCCGCCCGGGUGCGUGGACGGCGGGUCCGGCCCUUCCCGGCCGUGUCGCCCGCUGGGCUGGCGGCUGGCGCAGGUUUCCCGCCCUCGGAGGGCGGCCCGGGGGCUCCGCCCACGGCCUCUGGCGACAGCGGAGGGGCGCGGCGUGGAAACCCGCAUGUGCCCUUCCUGCCGGGGAAACGUGCCGGGCCGGGCUCCCCCGAGGAGCGCGCUCCAGGGGCUUCGGGUCACCCCUGCGGGCACAGGGCCCGGUCCCGCCCCAGCCAGAAAGGCGUCCACUCCCGGCUCGCGCGUUUGUGACAAGUGCGUUUAUUCGCGUUAGAAAUACAAACGUAGGAAUCUGAAUACAAAUACAGGGGGCGGCCCAGCCCGAGGCCGAAGCGGGGCGCGGGGCCGCCCUGUGGCCAAGGCACGUGGGGCGCAGGUGCACCCUCAUUUCACGGGGACAGCGGGAGACACCUGGGGACCCCCGGAGCCGGGGCCUCGAACCCCUGGUGUGGCCACGACAUCGGCCAUGUGCUCAGGGCGGGGCCUCCCUCGGCCUCCCGUCCGCACCCGCCUCGCCAUGCUUCCAAAGUGCCUCAGAUUCUGGAAUCUUGGGGCGUUACCUGGACGACUGCGGAGCGGGGCCGCGUCCAUCCAUCCCUCCUGCCCCUCCCCGUGACCCGCCAACGCGACUUCCCAGACAAGGGGGGCGGCGGCUGUUGCCAACGAAGUCCUGAAAACUGCUUUUGGCUUCUAGGAUCAACUUGACCAGAAUGCACGAAUGGCCGGGGAGUCGCCCAGGGCUGCACCCAGGUCACAGCCGCCAGCUCCGGGCCCUGGGAAGGAGGAAGCCUCCUGCGGACGCCAGAGGGACUCCGGAUCAGCUCCCAAGACAACCCUCGAUGUACGUGGACCGGUGGGCGCAGCAGGCUGGAUGAGGGUGGCCUGGGUCUGCCAAGUCUAGAUAGACGAGUGGGUGCCCUGAUCUCCCCAUCAGAGUGGCUGAACCACUGCUCUGUGCAAAAUUGAUAUUGAAAAUCCUUCCUGAUCUCUGAAUAGGAACAGCUCUGGAGUGCAGUUCCCAGCGAGAAUGCAGAGGGUAAGUGAUCACUGCAUCUCCAAAUUAAUUUUUACUGCCCAGAGACCAUGAGAUUCCUGGGCAGAAAAGCGCUGCGAGUCCCCAGCAUGGUUGUUUCAGCCGGCGCAGCAGAUAUCUGCACAAAAACACACAAAUCUGGGCAGCCAUUUCAACUGACACCUGGGCGACAAAGUUGCCCGUUCAACUGAACAAAAGGGGGCUGAAACAGGAAGCCAGGUAAUCUGGCUUGGUGGGUCCCACCCACACAAAGACCAGCAGUCUGAAACACUGUGUAUUGAGAGUUUCACAGAAAGCACUGCUGGACCCUGGAAGGUCAUCACCACUACCGAGACAGUCCACCAUCACUGAGGCAGUUCUAACUAUACCUCUAUAAACAAAACUGCAAGGAAGUUCACACAGCAGCUGGGCAGAGCCCAUGGCAGCUCAGCAACACCUCUACU